AUGCCGUACUUUUCUGUACCCAUCCCAGAAUCGCUGAUUCAACGGUCUGGCUCCCAUACCAGGUUUCCAACAGUAAGGCACUGUAAUUAUGAAAUAUGCACAAAGGCAGCGGAACAGGUGCAGGCCGAGUUCAACCAGGCCAUGGACACAGAAAUCAUCACCAACACUGUCGCCCCAGUACCGGGUAUAGGGCGGUUACACGCCGUCGCCUUCACGAUUCCCAACUGUUUGCCAGAGCGCCUUCCGGUAUUGACCCGGUUCGCCGAGUUCACGAUUCUCAAUGACGACUUUUACGACAUCGCCAAGAACGAAGAUAUCCACAAGACCAACGACGACAUCCAGAGCGUCCUCAAUGGCGCCAUCGAGUCGUCGAGGUCCAUAGAGUCGAACAUGACAAAGUCAAAACAGUUCCAGUCCAGUUUGAUCCUGGACAUGGUCAAUAUAGACGCCGACCUCGCCAUGGACAUCAUGACGACGUACAGCAAGGGCCUUGACCUGGCCACCUUUGCGCCCGACACACUCAAGACGCUGGACGACUACCUUCCCAUUCGCAUGGUGAACUCGGGUCUCGACGUCUUCCAAACCAUGAGCUGCUUCGGCAUGGGAAUAAAACUCAGCGCCGAGGAGAAAGAAAAGCUCAGCGAGUUCGUCAACACGGCCAUGUUCUCCACGACGCUCAUCAACGACCUCCACAGCUGGCCCAAGGAGGUCAAGCACCACAUCGAACACCCGGGGUCUGAGUACCCCUUCAACGCCGUCGCCAUCCUCAUGCGACACGGCGGCCUGUCGGAAGCCGAGGCGUUCGUGCGGCUGCGCGAGAAACAGGCUGAGCUGCAGGAGCGUCAUCUCGCCCUGCUGAGGGCUCUCGAGGCGGCCGGACCGAUCCCAGAGAGCCACAUGCUCUACAUCCUUGCGGCGCAAUACGCGGCUUCCGGUUCAGAGUUCUGGAGUGUGCAUGUGCCGCGAUAUCCAUCUAAGAAGGAUUUGGCACAGCCCGAUGUAGAGUUUGUUGAUGGCGUGUUCCUCUAUCGGACGGGGCCUGCAACCGCCGAUAUAGAUAGCGUCCCGCGACCUGUAUUGGCCGAGGAGACGGUUGCUACGGAAUGUGCUGGUCUCACCAACGGCCACACGAAUGGCUCCGUCAACGGCCACACUAACGGUCACGCCAACGGCUACACCAACGGCCACACCAACGGCAUCACCAACGGCAUCACCAAUGGCCACACCAACGGCCACACUAACGGUCACGCCAACGGCCACACCAACGGUAUCACCAAUGGCAUCACCAAUGGCAUCACCAACGGCAUCACCAAUGGUCACGCUAAGCAUCAUAUCAAUGAAAACUCAAAGGAAGAAGAAACACUGGCUGUCAAGUAUCCAGAGGAUGUGCAAUGCAGAUCAGAGCUGGUGUUGGCGCCUUACAAAUACCUCACAUCCAUGCCUUCCAAGGGCAUCCGGGAGCUCUUUAUAAGGGCCCUGAACUGGUGGCUGAACGUCCCCGACGACAAGCUCGCGUGCAUCCAAGACGUGGUCAGCUAUCUCCACCAGUCGUCCCUCAUGCUCGACGACAUCGAGGACGGCUCCAAGCUGCGGCGCGGCCAGCCUUCCACUCAUGUCGUCUACGGCAUCGGCCAGACCAUCAACUCGGCCAACUUCGUGUUCGUCCAGGCCUUUGCGCGCAUGCAAAGCUUGGGGCGCGGAAGGGCCGAGGCCAUCGACAUCUUCGUUGAAGAAGUUGAGAACCUGCACAAGGGACAGAGUUAUGAUCUCUUCUGGAAAGACCAGGUCCACUGCCCUUCGGUCGACGAGUAUUUCAUGAUGAUUGAUAACAAGACCGGCGGCCUGUUCCGCCUGUGUGUCCGGCUGAUGGAGCUCUUCGCCACCGGGUCGACCAGGGGCAUCAGCUCCGAGUUCUUCGUCAAGAGGCUGAGCCGGUACUUCCAGAUCCGCGACGACUACCAGAACCUCAUGUCGGACCAGUACGCCAAGGAGAAGGGCUUCGCCGAGGACCUGGACGAGGGCAAGAUCUCGCUGCCGCUCAUAUACACGCUGCAGUCGUCGCCGUACCGGGACGCCAUCUCGCGCAUCUUCAAGCGCAGAGACGACGGCGGCGAGAUGGGGCUGGAGACGAAGGUCUUCAUCAUCCGCGAGAUGCGCAACACGGGCGCCCUGGACAAGACGUACGACCUCUUGCGGUCGAUGCAGAGCGAACUCAUGGACGAGCUGAAAAGGUUGGAGAAGGCGUUCGGGGCCCCUAAUGCGUCGUUGGAGCUGGUUUUGAGAAAGCUGUGGAUAAACUAAGUAAGCACUUUAUGAUUUAUACGGAGUACGGCGUAUGCACUGUGGG